AAUCCUUUUCGUGAUGGUGGUCAUAGAUGUGUUGUUCAAUUGUCGCUGACUGUGGAAAUUAUGCUAACAGACAGAAACUCUUUCGAACAAUGUUGAUGGGCUACCAAACUUGACUGAGAAGAGGUUUCCAAUGAGCGAACUUCAAAAAGGGGAAAAGCCUGGACCUGAAAAUAAAGACGGAAGUGACACAGAGGAUGAUGAUGAAGAUGAUGCUGAUGAUGCUGAUGGCCAGGAAGAUGAUGACGAUGGUGAUGAAGACUUCUCGGGCGGUGAAGAAGGGGGAGAAGACGAAGAAGAAGGGGAUCCCGAGGAUAACCCUGUGGCCAAUGGAAAUGAUGGCAGUGAAGAUGAGGAUGAAGAUGAUGAUGACGGUGAUGAGGAUGAGGAUGGAGAGGAUGAUGAGGAUGAAGAGGAGGAGGAGGAAGAGGAGGAUCAACCACCAGCUAAAAAGAGGAAGUGAAGUAGCGGUAGCCAGUAGGUAUUUAUUCUCUAUCUUUAUCUUGGUUUGGAGUAUGUAAUAGCAAGAACGAGGUUUAGCUUGCUUGUGUUAGUAGAGUAAGAAAACGAUCACCCUCCUCGCCUUUUUAUCGUUUUGACAGAUUGUUGUAUGUUCUCCUUUGUGGAAUGAAUGGGAAUUCUGAAUUAUAUUACUAUUAGUUUUAUGA